AUGUACACCACACUGCUAUCACUCUUUUCUAUCGUCGUUUUGUUGUCGUACUUCAUUGUCAGGCCAAUAUGGGAGUAUCUGAGAGAUCCGAAAGGACUGCGCAAUUACCCCUGUAUUAAUCCCCUAGCUGGUGUCACAAACCUAGGCUUCAUGUGGGAAGCUUACACUGGUAUCCGGUCGAAGAAACUCUAUGAGAUGCACAAGACACACCCAGUCAUCCGAAUCGGCCCAAAUUCGCUCUCUUACGGAAGCGUGAAUGCUAUCAAGGACAUAUAUGGGCAUAACUCGAGAUGCACCAAGGAUGUCUUUUACGAAGCACUGUCCGGAUCGCAUUUCCAUCUGGCAGACGUCGUUGACAAGGGCGAACAUGCUCGAAAGAGAAAGAUGAUGUCUAGCGCAUAUGCCUUGAAGAAUCUAGAGGGAUGGGAGUACAAGGUUGCCGACAAGACAGAACGAUUCAUCAAAGCCUGCGAUGCCCACUGCACUACGUCUCUUCCUGAGGGCCGUGUUCUUCCAGACCCACAAGAUCUCAAAUUCGACUAUCGAGCAUAUAGUAACUUCUUCACUCUGGACGCAAUCGCUGACAUUGGUCUCUCGGAACGACUGGGUUUCUUGGAUGCCGGUAGCGACAAAGUCGUAGGCGAAAAGAUGGAUGGCACGAUGUACGAAGUGGAGUCGUACCGUGCAGGUCUUCACGCUACCGCCAAAGCACAAGCCCUUAUUGUUUGGGCUACCGAAUGGUACGACUUUAACAGCAAAUAUGUUUCCAAGAUCUUCCCAAGCUUCCGUAAGAUGUGGAAGCUCAACGAGGGCUGGAACGAUCUGGUCUACCACAGGGCUACCAAACGCCUGGCUCGCUAUCGUGCUGGUGAGAAACUUGACGAUUUCUUCCAGGCACUGAUGGAGGACAAGAACGGCAACCCAAACAACUUGGAGUGGGGUGAAGUCAUCGCAGAAGUCAGCAUCAUGCUUAACGCAGGUUCCGACACCACUGCCCUCGCCAUGAACAACGUCAUGGUCUGGUUGCUGAAGAAUCCGGAAUGUCUUUCACGCCUCCGCGAGGAAGUCGACGCUGUUCUCGAACCUGAAGAAAUUGUUGCCCCGUAUGACAAGGUCAAGCACCUUCCUUACCUUCGCGCCUGCCUUGAUGAGUCACUGCGUGUCACACCAUCGACGACCUUUGGUCUGCCAAGGCGCACACCUCCUGAGGGCUCGAAAAUCCUCGAUGAAUGGGUCGAGGGCAACACCACAGUGUCCAUCUCAGCAUACGUCGCACACCGUGAUCCAGUCAUCUUCCCCGAGCCGGAAAGAUUCAACCCAGAUCGUUGGUUGGGAGAAAAAGGCAAGGAGUUGCAACCGUACUUCAUCAGUUUCAGUACUGGCUCUCGGGGCUGCAUUGGUCGCAAUAUUAGCUAUCUCGAACAGACUGUGCUCCUUGCCAGUGUUGUCCACAGAUAUGGCUUCGCUUUGCCUCAUCCUGGGUGGGAGCAGGACAGAUGGGAGACCACAAAUCUAAUGGCAGGCCCGUUGCCCUUGAAAGUUUGGAGAAGGGAUAUCAGUGUAGCUAAGCCUUGA